CCGGCCCUAGGCCGCGUGGACGUCAAUGGCGCCAGGCACCGCCCUGCGGGGGCGGGGUACGCCGCUGGCGUAGGGCGAGCGUAGCCUGUCCGCGCCGUUGGCGGCCGUUAGUGCGUCUGCGCAGCCGCACUGACGUAGGCGGAGGGGAAGACGCGUUGGUCGGAGGGAAGGUUCUAGAAAAGCGGCAGCCUCGCGAGCGACAGCAGCAGUCGCAGCAGCCGCCGCCGCCGGAGUCGCCGCCUCUGCCUGCUCCUCCCGUUAGUCGACCCGCUCUCCGGCCGCCCUCGCCCUCACUCCCCGCCUCGCACCCUGCGCCCAGCGGCGGUGUGGUUUCCCGGGCAGCGGCACGGCAGCCCCCCACCAGCGCCAGGACGAGUCCGGUUCGCGCCCGUCCGCGGAGAUCCUUCUCAUCUCGCUCGGCUGCGGGGCCCCGGCCUGAGGCGACCGACGCCGCCAUGGAGAGAGAAAAGGAACAGUUCCGUAAACUUUUUAUUGGAGGCCUAAGCUUUGAAACAACAGAAGAAAGUUUGAGAAACUACUAUGAACAAUGGGGGAAGCUCACAGACUGUGUGGUUAUGAGGGAUCCUGCAAGCAAAAGAUCAAGGGGAUUUGGUUUUGUAACAUUUUCAUCUAUGGCUGAAGUGGAUGCAGCCAUGUCUGCAAGACCUCAUUCAAUUGAUGGAAGAGUGGUUGAGCCGAAAAGAGCAGUAGCCAGAGAGGAAUCUGGAAAACCUGGUGCUCAUGUUACUGUGAAGAAACUGUUUGUUGGUGGAAUUAAAGAAGACACUGAGGAACAUCACCUUAGAGAUUACUUUGAGGAAUAUGGGAAAAUUGAUACUAUUGAAAUAAUUACAGAUAGACAGUCUGGUAAAAAAAGGGGCUUUGGUUUUGUUACAUUUGAUGACCAUGAUCCUGUGGAUAAAAUUGUAUUGCAAAAAUACCACACCAUCAAUGGCCAUAAUGCAGAAGUACGAAAAGCUCUAUCUAGACAAGAGAUGCAGGAAGUCCAGAGUUCUAGGAGUGGAAGAGGAGGAAACUUUGGCUUUGGGGAUUCCCGUGGUGGUGGUGGAAACUUUGGACCAGGCCCAGGAAGCAAUUUUAGAGGGGGAUCUGAUGGAUAUGGAAGCGGUCGUGGAUUUGGAGAUGGUUACAAUGGAUACGGAGGAGGACCAGGAGGUGGCAAUUUUGGAGGUAGUCCUGGUUAUGGAGGAGGAAGAGGAGGAUAUGGUGGUGGAGGACCUGGCUAUGGCAACCAGGGUGGGGGCUACGGAGGUGGUUAUGACAACUAUGGAGGAGGCAAUUAUGGAAGUGGGAACUACAAUGAUUUUGGAAACUAUAAUCAGCAACCUUCAAACUACGGUCCAAUGAAGAGUGGAAACUUUGGUGGUAGCAGGAACAUGGGGGGACCAUAUGGUGGAGGGAACUAUGGUCCCGGAGGCAGUGGAGGAAGUGGGGGUUAUGGAGGGAGGAGCCGCUAUUGAGCUUUUCUGCCUGUUGGCCAUGGGCUUCACUGUAUAAAUAGGAGAGGAUGAGAGCCCAGAGGUAACAGAACAGCUUCAGGUUAUCGAAAUAACAAUGUUAAGGAAACUCUUAUCUCAGUCAUGCAUAAAUAUGCAGUGAUAUGGCAGAAGACACCAGAGCAGAUGCAGAGAGCCAUUUUGUGAAUGGAUUGGAUUAUUUAAUAACAUUACCUUACUGUGGAGGAAGGAUUGUAAAAAAUACAAAAAACACAAAAAAAUGCCUUUGAGACAGUUUCUUAGCUUUUUAAUUGUUGUUUCUUUCUAGUGGUCUUUGUAAGAGUGUAGAAGCAUUCCUUCUUUGAUAAUGUUAAAUUUGUAAGUUUCAGGUGACAUGUGAAACCUUCUUUUUUAAGAUUUUUCUCAAAGUUUUGAAAAGCUAUUAGCCAGGAUCAUGGUGUAAUAAGACAUAACGUUUUCCUUUAAAAAAUUUAAGUGCGUGUGUAGAGUUAAGAAGCUGUUGUACAUUUAUGAUUUAAUAAAAUAAUUCUAAAGGAAAUUGUGUAAUUAUAGACUUUUUAUUUUAAAGUUAAGGAGGGGGUAGUAUAUAAUUAAGUCCUUUGCUAAGCUUUUGUUACAUAUAUAUGUAAAUUUAAAUGCUGAUCAGAAGAGUGUGUUGUCUGCAAUUCAUCAGGAUAAAAGUAUCUAGAUAACUGAAGGGAUAUCUCUGCAAAGAGAAACACCUUUUUAGAUCUUUUAGAUGCUGCUUCUUCAAUGCAAGGAGAUAUCCCCAGCGAGGUACUCUUCCAGGGACACAGGUCUAGUACAAGAGAACUCUUGACGGCUACUAAAAUCAGCCGGUCUUAAAAAACUGGGCUGUGUUUCUACAAAACUUUAAACUGCCGUAGUUUUAGAAGGAUGCCAUCGAAAGCUGAGGGUGUGUAGAGAAAAAUAGUUCUAAGCUUCAGUUAAACUGCUUUAGGUAAGAUCUUAUUUACUUUUCCUUUCUUAAUUGUUCCAAAAAAAGAUAAACUAAUACUAUAUGACAGUCUCCUAUGUCAGUAUAGUGAUUAUUUAUAUGUAGUUUAACAUAGCAAUAAAUUGAGUUAACCAUUAUCAACUCAAAUAAUUUUGUGAAUCCUGUUUUCCAAUAUAUUAAAUUGACAUUUGGGGGCUUUUUGGCUUUUUUGGGAGGGCAUUUGAUUUUAUUUUUAUUUUUUUUUUCUCUUCGUGAUGAAGAUUCUGGUACUUUAACAUAUCAUUUUUUUCCCUGCUGGAAUUUAGCAUUGAUAUGAACCAAGGACAAGCAUAAUCUGCUGCCACAGGGACUGUAAAGUGCUACCUUUGAACAACUGAGGCAAGCAGGAAUGUGUCUUGCUGCAGGUAACUAAUGAAGAAGUGGUCAACCACAGAAUGUCUUCAAGAAAUAAGAAAUUCUGUACCCUCUGAAUAUAUUUCUUGUUGGUGCCUUCAUUUUUAAAAGCACUCUUAGUUGAAAGGGAAUUGUAUUCGAAUGAUACAAAACAGUCAGUUCAAAUUAUGGUGAUGAGGAUUGUCUGUAAACAUUGACAAUUAGCAUAACUAGUCAGCAUUAAAAUUGUAUGGUGUUUUUGAAAGGUUUUGUGAACAGACAAAACUGACCUUUUUUUAAAGUUUUUAAAAUAAAAAUUUUUGUAUCCUCCAA